AUGAAUCUAGCAGCAAAUGCUUAUGAUAGUUACGAGGAUGACGAAGCAGCCGAUGCUUAUGACAGUGAAAAUGAGGACGAAGUACUCGUUGCAUAUGAGAUUUACAAGCAGGACGAAGGAUUCCUUGGUGAUGAUAAUCACGAUCACAGCAGGGUCAAUGUUGAGUUGUCAAAAGAUGAGCCUUGUGACGAUGACGAUGCCGAUGAAGACACUCAGUCAUUGCCAGAUUCACUUGGGUCAAAUGAUGCUUAUCACGAAGAACCCUAUCCCCCCCGCCACAAAUCACCCAAUUAUCGCCAAGAGGUACAGCGGUAUAUUCCAUCCGCCUACGACGCAGAGCUCAAGUGGCAAGAUCAAAAUUACCAUUAUUGGCCUGGUGUGCACCAUUUCAAUUGGUGGGGUCAACCUGUGUUUCAUCGUAGUCCAAGUCUACCGGAGGAAUCCCUUGCUGUACUACACGCAACCCCGAAAUCAUUCGACGAUGACGAUGAUUUAACAAAGUGGGUAUUGCUCAAAAACGCCCAGAGGGGGCUAGACCCCGUGGUAGUCGACCGCGUCGACAAGAAGGCCUACAACGACCUGAUGACACUGAGGGGAUCUGCCCUUCAGCAUGCCGCGAAGGGCCGGGUUUGGAGGGCCUACAGCGAGUACGGUUCAUGGCGCUUUGAUGGUGAAGACGAAAAUGAGCUGAAUGCUCCCGAUUUCGCAGAAAUGACCCUCAACCUGAGCCCUGGGGUAAAAGUCAUUAACGGCUUCCUUGAAAACGGCUACGCUCGUUCUCGCAAGGGGUAUAUUUGCCGUUUAGAGAGGGACAGAAAGAUAAAUGCAGAUACAGCUACCAAUAGCCGCUGGGCCCCCUUGGAAGAAAGUGAAGCUGCCGGGCGGGUUUACAUCAAGAGGAGGGACUGGAUACCAGAAACGAGAUCCCCACUACAGAAAGUGGAGACGCUGAGUCCCCUUCAGACACCAGGCCCCUUUGAGACGUGGAGUGCCCUUGAAACAGCAAGUCCUAUUGAGACGUUGAAUUCAAUUGAGACGUCGAGCAGCCUCGAGACAUCGAGCGUCCUUGAGCUACCAGCAACGACAUCGCCACUGCAGAAAGUGGAGACACCAGAUAUCCUGGAGAAGUUGGGGCAGAUUGAAAUGGCGAGCAUCCUUGAGACAUCGAGCGUCCUUGAGAUACCAGCAACAAGAUCGCCACUACAGAAAGUGGAGACGCCAGAUAUUUUAGAGAAUCUGGGCCAGAUUCAGACGCAAAGCGCCCUUGACACAACAAGUCCUAUUGAGACGUCGAAUCCAAUGGAGACGUCGAGCAGCCUUGAGACACUGAGCGCCCUUGAGAUACUAGAAGUGAGAUCCCCACUACAGAAAGUAGAGACGCCAGAUAUCCUGGAGAAUCUGGGCCAGAUUCAGACGCCGAGCGCCCUUGAGACGUCUAGUGCCCUCAAUACACCUCCAAAGCGCACUCUUCGCCGGACGGCGAAGCAGCAGCAACUACGGCCAACCCCGCUACCAGCACUAGGACAACCCAAAAAACUAGGCAAAACAGCGGGCAAAGCAUCAGCAAAUGCGACAACGGGUCCAGUGGAUACGAGCCGGGACCCGGACAUUUACUUUAGCUUCCCAACGCCGAAGAUCAAGAAAAAAAACAAGAUCAAACGAUUUUUUGUCAAGACUUGGCAGGUAUUCCGGGAUGGGCUGAGCCCCAAGGAAUGA